GGGCAUCUUGCGGUGAAGCAUCUAAUCUGAGCAGUCAGUCGUCCCCCCGCUCGCGGCCGGGCUACUGCUGGUCGUCAAGUACUCAAGUUGUAGGCGUGCAGCCGGGGCGUCGGCCGCUAGCUGCUGUCAGCACGCGCACACAGCAGCAGGGUGGUCGCCCGCGGGCCGGUAGCCGGCACGCGGUCGCGACAAGCCGAUAGCAACAGCAAGCGAGGCCCAAGUUCAGUCCCCAGAGAGCGGCAAGCUAGGUCUGUCAUCUUCUCUGGAGGGUUCAGAACCACCGAGAAUUAGCUGUCUUUGAGGAGUACAAUAGGAAUGGAUGAUGCUCAAGGGUAUCAAGAAGGAGAUGAUCAUGACUUAGUGCUGCAGAAACAAGAAUGGAUCAAAACACAAGACAUGCUCAAGAGUAAACUUAUUCUUGAAGAUGAAUUUGCCUGGAGUUUACCUUCGGUGGGCUCAGGUUUAGAUGAACCUGAGUGGUGCAAACUGAAGUAUAUUGGUGGGACUGACAUCAGCUUCUUGAAGGAAGACCCAUCCACAGCAUGUGCCGCGGUGGUAGUCCUCAAUGUCGAUACUUUAGAAGUUGUCCAUGAAGAGUUCAAUGUUGUCCGACUGCAAGUGCCAUAUAUUCCUGGUUUUCUUGCAUUCAGAGAGGCUCCAGUUCUUCUUGGACUCUUGGAAAAGGUGAAGAUCAAUGCACCUCAUUUCUGCCCUCAGUUGCUCAUGGUUGAUGGAAAUGGAUUGCUCCAUCCGCGAGGUUUUGGUUUAGCUUGUCAUCUCGGCGUUCUUGCAGACAUUCCUACUGUUGGAGUUGGAAAAAAUCUACAUCACGUAGAUGGCCUUAACCAAUCAGAAGUUAGAAGACUGCUCGGAUCAAAAGAGAACUGCAACAGGGAACUGGUUUUGUUGACUGGACAGUCUGGGACAAAAUGGGGCAUGGCGGUGCGCUCCUGCCCUGGUUCGUCGAAGCCAAUCUACGUCUCAGUUGGGCAUCGCAUCUCACUUGAUUCAGCCACGGCGAUAGUGAAAUCUUGCUGUAGAUACCGUGUUCCUGAGCCUACAAGGCAGGCGGAUAUAAGAUCAAAGGUCUUCCUGCAGAAGCUCCAAAAGCCACGGCAGUGACAGGACUUCCUUUUUGUUUUUUUUCCUCAAGUAUGUUACAAACUGGGAUCCUGACCGUCUUGCUUGCUGUAGUCGAGUUUUCAGAAACAAAUAUGUAACAUGAUAGAAUUGUCACUUGCGAGGUUGCCGCACCGUAGUUUGUAAAACAGACCGAUGAUUUCUCUG